GAUAAAUAGAGAUCCCUUAAAUAAAUGUAGUCACGCAGGUAUGACUUAUCGCUCACACUUUGAUCACCAGUCAUAGAAAUCCAUACAUUCAAAUAUCUGUUUUAACUUAGUCGAUUCAAAUUCUUAUUCAUAUAUUCAGGACAGUUUCUGAAUCCUUUUUCAACAGUCAUUAGAAGAAAACCUAUGUCUAUCUCCCUAAAGAUGGACAAAAAUAGACAAAAAGUCAUUUUUAUGCUGUAUUUUUUAACUCUAGUGUCAGGGUAUAACCCAAUAUCAGAAAAAGUAGAAAGACUGUUGUUGUCAUUGAACAAACUUAUCAGUUAUUACGAACAGCAUAGCAGUGAAUUUAAUUUUGAUGGUAUCUUUGGCCUUAUACCGUUAAAAGGAGCUCUUGAAAGUAUUACUAAUGAUUCCUUGUAUGAAAAUCUUGGGGAAUUAAAAUUUAUCUUGUCACCACUGACGAGGAAGUUCAAGAUGCAACUUUUGAGGAUUGAUGCCAUCAUUGGAAAGAGUGUGAAAGCAUUAAGAAAUGCGGAAGAUCCUUACUUCAUGGAAAUGGGUAAACUUUUGACACUGAAAUGGACUUUCCCCAGUCAAGUCAACCCGUAUUUUUAUCCAUCAGAUGUAGACUUCAUACCAAGCGUGCAAAAUGUUUCCAGUGAUGACUGUAUCAUCCAGUUGCUAAAUGCAAACCGUCAAGGAACUCUUGAUUGUCAUCUUUCGAUGAAAUGUGUUGCCAAGCUUAUGAACUUCCAGUCUCGCAGUUAUGAAAUGGCUCACCAAGUUCUGUACAUUCUCAUUUCACAUCAAGUUGAUUGUACUAUGUCCCUAAGUCGUAUGUUGGAAAAUCUUUCGGUUAGCCUGGAAAGCUUGAAGAAUAGACUGUGUUCUAUUAUGUUUGAAGAUUUUUUAAAUUACUAUCAACAUGUGGAAACGAUCCCUCAAGAUCGAGAUAUUUUCCUUGAACAAAUGUUCGUGUGCGGAGGUCUUGGUUAUGAAAAAUUUAUCCAGCUUUCUGUUCUCAACAAAUUUUUGUCGUGGCAACGGCCUUCUGGAUGCUUUACCAUUUCGGAUUCCGCAGUUGUAAAAAACAGACAAAGAAAUGUCACAUUCAUGUCUCACAAACGCAAACUCCUGGUGGAACGCAGACAUGCAGAUGGUUGUCUGUCACACAUGACGUCUGUGGCUGCAGCUGUGAUCGGUCUAUACUUGAGGGCGUUUUUCUUUCCAACAGAGUACAUGGAUGCAUAUUCGUUCAAAGUAACACCUAUUGUAUGGAAAUUGCUUUUGGUGAAAUCAUAUACUUCACUCCCAAAAUUAAUAGAAGAUGAUGAUGAUGAUAAUAAAAAUAAUAAUAUUCAAACUGGAAUUUCAAAUCAGAAUAUAAUAAACUCAUUCUCAAAUCGUUUGAUACUUGUUAAACAGCCUAUUUAUGUGCCGACUGGGAUUUCAUUUGGUUUAAAUUAUUCAACACAUUUUCAAAAUGAACUGAAAGCAAUAAAUUCGGAGUUUUUAAUUUUCAGCAUUUUAAUUCUUUGUUCUAUUUGUAUUUUCCUCUAUUUAUUGUUUCGUAGUUUGAUUGUUGGUUGUAGGUUUUUUGACUCUUCUAAGCCAACUUUAAAAAUAUAAGUAAUUAAUGAUUGUGUUUUUUUUUUUUAAUUAUCAUCCAGUUCUUUCUUUUCAAUUUACCAUUUGAUUGUUUCAAACAAAAUUCUGUAAAAAUGUUUACUUGUGGUAAGAAUUUAUCCAUUUUUAGAAAACAAUAUUAUAAUUUUUAGUUGAAAAGUAUCAUUUUAACAUGCACUUUUAAUAUUCGUUAUUAACGAUGCGAGCAAAUGUCAGAGAAUGAGUCGGACAUAUGAUUUAGUAAAUCACUUACUUUUGUUACAUAUGAUUUCUUUACG